GAAAGAGAGAGAGGAUGAAUGGAUGGACGCAUAAAAGCAUGGUGGCUCUAGCUGAUGGGAUCUAUGGCAACCUCAUCAAGAAUGAUUUCAUCAAGAACAAUGGUGGCUGUGAAGCGUAUUUUUGGACCAACAUUAAAAAUUUGUUCUGUGUGCAGUCAAAAUAUGAACAAAUGUAAUGGGACACAUGACCAUUACACCUAGAGGAAAAGAGCAUUGAAAAAAAAAACAUAGAUGCUUUACAUUUUGCAAAAGGACAAUUGUUGUGUGUGUCUGCAAGAAUUGUUGCUGUGUUUGAUGGAAUUGAUAUUAUUGGUCGAAGGGUGCUGAGGAUGUAGCUGCCAGGCAAACGAGCAAGAGGAAGACCAAAGGAAAUGUUGAUGGAUGUUGUGAGGCACGAGGACAGUGGGUGUUAGAGAGGAAGAUGGCCGAGAUAGGCUUAGAUCGAAAAAGAUGACAUGCUGUGGCGGCCACUAACAGGACAAGCUAAAAGGAAAAGAAGAGGAUAUUAUUGAGUUUUCUUGUGAAAAAACUUUACGAAACUUUCUGCUGAUACAGCCUUCUUCAAACUGGUCCCAUACUGGGCAUUUAGGUGGGGGCCAAAGAUAUUUUUUUCACAGGGCUAUCCAGUAUUUCUGAUGGCAACCCUGCAUAUAGUCACACAGAUGGAGACGUCAUCAAAACGCAGAGUCAGAGGAGAAUUGUUGAAGAACUCAGGAGUCAAUCAGUACAGCAGGGAGACCCGGGACCUGCUGACAUCAAUGAUGCAGGACUUCACUCUCAGCAACCUCCAAAAAAAGCAAAUCAAUGACUGUCUGAACAAUGGCACAGCCUUGCCACGGACCGCUGAGCCGCCGUCAUCAGCUUCCUCUCCUCGGCCUAAAGCCGGUCAGCGCUCCCACAAACAUCUCCAAGGCCGGCCUCAGAGACGCAGUGCUGGUUCUUGUCGCUCUGGGAACAGCUACGCCCGAGAAAAGUUCUGUCCUGCUCCAACAAGAGAUUUAGAAAAAGAGAAGAGGAGGCUUCAAAACAUCUUGGCAACAGGAAAGGAACACACACCAGAGGAUGCGGCCUCCCAAAAUGUUGUCGCAAAUCUGAAGCUUCAAGUAACAGAGGAGAGGAACCGCUAUCAGGAAGUUCUGAAUGAGAUUGAGGAAAGAAGAGAGUUCCUGUCUUACAUGGAAUCUCUAGGACAGGACAAGCAUUAUAGCCACAUCAUUAACACAGAGAUAUCACAGGUAAACUGCUUUGUCUCACAUUGCUUCAUGAAGUACAAAAGAUGUGGUUAUUAUGCUAAAGUCUCAGAUCUGGUUGUGAUUUUCUGUGUUCCAGAAAAUCAGGGAACUGGAGAUCCUGGAUGGCCAACAUCCUAGUCGCAAAGUGACUGUGCCUGAGCCGAGCAUGAAUCAGAGAUCGUGACAUUUGCAGGGACAAGGUCACACUGACCAAGCAGUUGUGUUUG